AUGUCUGCGACACCGGCUAAUAAGGCGGCGGAAUCCGCCAACUUUUGGGCCGAGAAGCGCAAGAAGGUGGAGGAUGGACCGGCCGUCGACCAUCACCCCGCCGACCCUAUUUCCCCGCCAUCGCCGAAGCAGGAUACCCCAAUGAACGUCUUUAAGCGUACCUCGGACAAGGCCUCGGAUGUUGCUAGCCCCACCAAUGCGAACAGCAACCCAAUGCCGCCUAAUGCCGCUCGCAUUCCGCACAAGCCCGUGUUCGACUGGGCGGAUGACGAGGACGAGGACAUGUUGUCCGAGUUCGGUCAGCCCGACCAGAAAGACAUCCGCAUCCAAGAGCUGGAGGGUGAGAUGACACAGAAGACUGGGCGUAUUCAAGAACUCGAAGACAUUGUGGAGGCGAAAAUCCAUCGCAUCGAAGACUUGGAGGGUGUCGUUGAGGAGAAGGACAAGCUCCUGGACGAGACAAAGACCCAUGGCCACAAGAACCAGCUGUACAUGCAGGAGCUGGUGGCUGAGGUCGACGAGAAGGAUCGUCGCAUCAACCAGCUCGAGACUGAGCUGGAAGAGAAAAGCGUUCGUGUUCGAGAGCUGGAGGCAAACAUGGCCGAGAAGACGGAGGACACCCGUGAAGUUGAGAAGACAGAGGACAAACAUGAAGUUCAGAAGUCAGAGGACACACAUGAGGUUGAGCAGCCGUCAAUUCCAAACACGGAGCAUACGGAGCCACAGUCGACCAGCUCUGAGGCUAUUUCAGACGACGUCCCAACCCCGGCCACCCCGCCGAAGGCCGCCACGGAGACUCCCGCUACCGUCACUCCUGAGAUGGUAACACCGAAGUCUACGCCCGAGGCUCCUAUUGCUGGCUCCCUCGAGAAGCCGACUCCAGAGCCGUUUCCUUCCCUGAUCCCCUCUACUCCCGGCUCUUUUCCCACCCCCCGCGAUGGUGACCCGGUCUUCGUGACACCCGAGACAAUCAAGAAGGCCGCACCGGUUCCGCCGGCCCCAAAGCUGAGAAUGGGUCUUGAUAUGACCAAGUAUGGAAAGAAGCCGGAUCCCAAGGCCGCGGCCAAACCUGUUGGCAAGUGGUUCACGCCGAAGCGUACCACGAAGUCCGAUGCAGUUCCCUCGAUCAACCCAAACAAAGAUAUCCGGAAGAUGUCGCGUGAGGAGCGUGAGCUUUUCGGCGCUGGACCAACCGUCUCCGUCCUCCUCGGCAAUGAGACCUUGGGCAUCAUGCCGAAGUACAUGCUGAUGCAGUGCUCAGAGAAAGCAUUCCAGUUCUUCACCGAGAAUCCGAAUGCGAUGAGCAUGCGCUUCCCCGCGGGCUCUAUGGAUGCAGAUUCUGCCAAGCAGCAUAUCGAUUGGAUGCUUAUGCAUACGCACUGCGGCCGGGUCUUCAGCGUCCACCUUGCGCCGGAGCAUGAAGACCUGAAGAACCUCCGCAUCACCCAGGCGGCCCGUGUAAUGGGCUUAAACAAUAUCUACGUCGGUCACUUCACGCGCCAGUACUGCGACAAAAUCCGCGAUCACAUGCCGUCACAGGAGCUGAUGGCUCUGAUCGAUGAGCAUGCAUACCCAGAGAACGAUCCGAUCUUUGACUGCCUCGUCAACAACAUCGCCAACCAACGCCAGCGCGGUACCCUUCCGCACGCCGAGCAGUUCGACGAGUUCUUGACGAAGCAUGCGAAGCUGGCUGCGGCAAUCAAGAAGAUCGAGGAUCGAUUCAAUGCAAAAGUAUGGUCGAAGUCGGAGAAGGCUAACGGCGGUGGUGCUAACAAGCCUCAGUCUGCGAAGAAGAGUCCCGGCAGCGGCCCCAAGUCCGGCCUCACUCCCCGCUAA